AUGCGCAUCCACGUUAUCACGUCUUUGAGCACGUUCGACACGGAACGGUCCGUCUCCUCUUCAUCCUCUUCCUCGCCUACAGUCGUCGCGCUCUUCGCGCCCCCCUCGACCGUCCCCACCCUCCUCUGGCGCAUCCCGCACCGCGCCCCCGGCCUCCUAUUCGUCUACGCGCAACAGCUCGCCGUAGCCGACACCUGCGACCCCGUCCUGUCCCGCCUCUGCACGCUCCUGAUGCUGCCGCUGGGCAAUACGCGCGAUCGGGGGCUUUCGUGUCGUGAUGUGGUGGAGGGAGAGGAAUAUAUUCGAUAA